AUGGCUCUCUGUAAUCUCCUACCCCUUGUCUUCCCCCUCCUCCUCCCUCUAUUGGCAGAUCUGCUUCCUACCGUCUCUGCUUUAGAAAGUUCUAUCAAACCAACCUUCAUGUACCCUUUUCCUUGCUCUGAGAGCAUCAAGAUUUGCAAUUCCUCACUCUACCAUAUUAACAAUGGUCUCCAAGCAGAACAAAUUGCCUUUUUUUACUCUGUCAACAGAUCUGAAAUCACAUAUGUCAAAAAUCAAGACUACCUUGUAACAGUACCUUGUUCUUGCCAAAAGAUCAAUGACAUAGAUGGAUACUUCUAUCACACAACCUACCCAGUGCAACAGGAUGACACAUUUGUAAAUGUUUCAGGUCAGAUUUAUAGUGGGCAAGCUUGGAGUUUUGGAGGAGAAGAAUCAAAGUUUAUUGAAGGACAUGAGGUUGACAUAUAUCUUCCUUGUGGGUGUGUAGAACGCAAGUCCCAAAUUGUAGUAACAUACACAGUUCAGCUGGAUGAUACAUUAUCAGAUAUUGCUACUCUUCUAUCAGCUAAAAUCAGUGGGAUAGAGAGCAUGAACAGAAUCCUGAUUCAGAAUUCAGAGUAUAUAGAUGUGGGCUGGGUGUUAUUUAUACCUAGGGAAAAGAAUGGACUUUCAAAAGAUAAGGAAGGAACGAAGCACAAAUGGGCAAUAAUCAUUAGCAUACUGGCAGCAGUGACAGUACUUUCAAUUAGCACCUUAAUUAUCAUUGUCCUCCAGAGAAAUAGGUCCCAGAAAAACAGUGAGGAAGAUCCAAAAGCAUCCAAAAGCUUGAAUUCCAACAGAACAUUCUCCUUCAGGAAUCAACAUCUGCAAGAGAACAUUGAAGAUGUGCCAGGUUUCGAAUCAGAAAGGCCGGUAAUAUUUAGCCUUGAGGAGAUCGAAGAUGCUACAAAUAACUUUGAUGAAACCAGGAAAAUUGGAGAGGGCGGAUAUGGGACUGUAUAUUUUGGCGUACUAGGAGAGCAGGAGGUUGCAAUAAAGAAGAUGAGAUCUAACAAGUCCAAGGAGUUCUUUGCAGAGCUUAAGGUCUUAUGCAAGAUACAUCAUAGAAAUGUGGUUGAGUUGUUGGGGUAUGCCAGUGGAGACGAUCACCUGUACUUAGUUUAUGAGUAUGUUCAAAAUGGAUCACUCAAUGAUCAUCUUCAUGACCCAUUAUUAAAAGGUAAUCAGCCACUCUCUUGGACGGCAAGAACUCAGAUUGCACUGGAUGCUGCAAGGGGUAUUGAGUACAUUCAUGACCACACAAAAGCACGAUAUGUGCACCGUGAUAUAAAAACAAGCAACAUUCUACUUGAUGAAACGCUCAGAGCAAAGGUUGCAGAUUUUGGAUUAGCAAAGCUUGUUGGCAGAACCAAUGAAGAAGAUUUUAUAGCAACACGCCUUGUAGGAACACCAGGCUAUCUUCCUCCUGAAUCUGUGAAAGAGUUACAGGUAACCUCUAAAACUGAUGUUUUUGCAUUCGGAGUAGUUCUAGCAGAGCUGAUAACAGGUCAACGUGCACUUGUACGUGACAAUCAUGAGCCCAACAAGAUGAGAUCUCUAAUCACAGUUGUUAAUGAAAUAUUCCAUAAUGAAGACCCAGAGAUUGCUUUGGAAGAUGCGAUAGACAGAACUCUCAGAGGCAGCUACACUCUGGAGGAUGUGUACAAGAUGGCUGAAAUUGCUGAGAAGUGUUUGAGUGAAGAGGCAGUUGAUAGACCAAAGAUGCGAGAAAUUGUUGUGAUACUAACUCAGAUCAUGACGUCCGCACUAGAAUGGGAAGCUUCGCUAGGAGGGAACAGCCAGGUUUUCAGUGGGCUAUUUAGCGGAAGAUAAAAUGUACUUAAAUUGCUUUUGAAAAGCCAAACCUAAAGCAAUUUUAGCUUUUCAGAGCCAAAAAACGUU